CUCUCGGAGGAUCGUUCCCCAACAAGUAGUAGUACCUCCUCUCCUUGUCAGCAACGCGUGCACCAUGAGGAUUAUAUUACUGGUAAUCUCGGCGUGUCUGCUCGUCCUAACGGAAGCACGGCGAAUGCAGAUCCGGCCUCGCGUGACAGGGCCUCAAGUGUACUACGAAGAAGAGGACAAUCAGGCCGCCGAGGACGAAUUCGACACUGUGGCAGUUUAUCAGCCGCGUACUCGCGCGCUUCCUUCGCCACGAUCUAAGGAUGCGCUGCAUGGAUCAAAACCACCACCAGUACAGACAAUCAGGAAUUAUAAUAAGGUUAAUGACGACGGAUCCUUCACCUUCGGUUACGAGGCGGCUGACGGUUCCUUCAAGGAGGAGACUCGCGGUACCGACUGCGUCGUGCGCGGCAAAUACGGCUACAUUGAUCCAGACGGCAAUAAAAGAGAAUUCACUUAUGUCUCGGGCAAUCCCUGCGAUCCAAACGCACCAAAGGAAGAGGAAGAAGAGGAACCUGAAAAGGAGGAAGAGGAGCUCUCUGGACCGGCGAAUUAUCCCGUGGUCAGGCCAGUACCUCGACCAGUCUCAGUGAGACCCACGUAUCAUCAACCUACUACUCGUGCACCCACUACGAUUUUCCAGACCGAGUAUCAGCUCGAUGAUGAUGCUAGCCAAGAAUUGACCGAGGAUGAUCUGAAGCCGCAGCUGCGACCAUCAGCCUUUAGAAGACCCUCGACCUUAGUGCAAGUCACGCCUUCCACCGCCAUUUAUGAAUCUUCGCCGUCCUCCAAUCCAUCUCUUUUUAGGCUAGCUUCUACUCCGGCCCAAUAUCAGACUACUGCAACGCCCGUCCUCCGUAGCCAGCCUACAGUCACUUCGAGCGUUUAUCAAUCGCUCGAGACCACCACUCGCCGACCAGUGACCCGUCAUCCCUCAGUCAGAGCCCAAUCAGUUGCAAUAACCCCCCGACCCCAUGUCGCCCAAGUAGCCGCGCAAUAUGUCUCCCCUAGUAGCACGGAACGUCCCGACAGUCUGCUCUACGCCCAGACCCAUCCCACGAUAUCACCAUUGCGCACUACGACCGCCGCUAAUGCGCCCCAUCUUGAUUUUGCCGCCGAGCUUGAACGUUAUGUGAACACAGUCGGCUCGCACGUUUCCGCAGCCCCUGCGAGGUCCCAGACCGCCCAAGCAUCGCCCCAACCUACUUCGAGAGUUAAGUUGACCGGUCAGACGUCGGUCACCGCCGCCUCCGCAGCCGCUGAGCCCAUCUACCAAUCGGAGCUCGUGUAUGAUCCCGCGACCGGUCAGUACAAUACCCAACUUUAUCAGACACUACCCCAAACCGUGGGUGACUUUAGCCUCAGUCACAAACUCCAACCGUUCGUAGCCCAGUCCCAGUCCCUCCUCGGUCUGCAGCAGCUGCAGCAGUACCAGCAGGCCCAGCGUCCGGUCUAUAAGCAGGCCCAGUCGGCGCCCACCCCAACCAUAGCCCAGCCCCAGGAGGUGCUCUACAGGAAGCAGCAGAGCCAGCUGUUGCAGCAAUCCCAGCAGCUCUACGCGCAACAACAACGUCGUCAACAGCAGCAACAGCAACAGCAGCAACAACCUCACAGGCUCCAGCUGCUGGAUUCGCAGAGAGAACCCCAAGCGUUCUAUUACGUCGCGCCCUUGAAGGCCUCCGCUGCUCCUACGUCCCUUGCAGUAGGUCAGAUCGAUCAGUUUCUUCGAGGUAGCCGCGCUAAUAACUACUGAUGCAAUAUAAAUCGCGAUUCUUAAAAGAUCUUUCUAGGAUCCUCGAAUCCCUUGUCGAUAUUUAUCAUUUGAUAUUGCCUUGAGUGUCCCUCGCGAACCGAGAAUUUCGCGCUGAUUACAUCAUAACGUCGGCUCAUGCGUAUACAGAGGGUAUUACAAUAUAAGUACAUGCAUUAUAUAUAAAGUAUAAUAUCUCAUGUGGCGCCGAAGCUGGGAUCAAAUAUAUCGCCGAGUGAAUGGCACAUACGAGCGCUUCGAUGCAUGCGUUGCACGCGGGAGAAUGCGUGUGCGGUAUAUAUUUAAUAUAAUCAGCGCGACACGAGAAAGGCGCACGAACAUGAUUGCGAUAAAAAGAAUCGCGAUAAAGGCCGUAGAUUUUUAUUUUAAUCGCGCGUUGCAGGAAACGCGGACUU